AUGGCUCCCACCACGCGCCCCGAACACCACAUCAACCUCAACUACAUCCCCCAGUUGACGCCUCAGGCGCCGCACUCGGGCUCCUCGACUGGCAACACCUCGCCCGUCGAGCCUCCCAACAGCGGCUCCAUUCGCUUUCCCGCGAGCACGUCAAACCCGCUGGGAAACGCUGCAGCUGGCGCAAGGCUGGGUGCUGGGUCUCCAUCGCAUGAUUAUGGCAGCCGACUAUUCUCCAAACGUGCACGCGAGAUUCAAGCGCAGGAGGGUCUGACUCCACAGAUGUGGGGACCUCCUACCAGCGGCAAUUCCACCCCGUUGCGUGAGACCAUCCCAGAGUCUCCCAGCGCAGACAGCUUCCCCGACUUCAACAACGCCAUGCCAGAAGCCGCUUCAACUGGACAGACGUCCACUCGACGUGCUCGCGCUGGCACUCUGCCUUCGCGCUUCUCGCCUACUGCUGCUCCCCCUGGGCUGCUGUCCGGCUCCACCCUACUUCCUCAAGCUUCCCGUCCCACGCCUUCCACCAGCCCCUUCAAAUCUGGCUCGGGCAGCUCCACUCCGCAGAACAGCUUCGUCCCAGGACCUACAAAUGCUGCUGCCAAGUCUGCUCUAUUGUCCCGUCUGCGAGCUGGCUCAAUGCCUCAGCGACCGGGAUACCUCCCGCCUGCCAGCUCGCCCUUUGGCAACUCGAUCUUUUCCACGGGAUGGGCAAGCAACCGUGACCGCAGCAGUACACUCCAGAGCAUUGCUUCUGUCCCUUCAAACGGACCUGGCUCGCCCAUGUCCUCAUUCUCUCGCGACUCGCUUGCGGACACGGAUGUGAAGACCCUCGAUUACCUUGGUCUCGUUGAUACUCCUCAGCCCACUCGUGCUACACUGGCUCCUUCCGACAUUGAAUUGCUCCUCGAGAGCCAGAGGAAUGCAAAUGGCCAGGCUGCCAACUCGGCCAACCGCUUCCGCUCCUACUCCGUGAACGCCAAGGAGAAAUAUGCAGAGGACGAAGACGAGAUGGACCAGUAUGGCGCCUACAGUGGCACAAUCACCCCCGCAGAAGCCAAUGCUCUCCUCAUUCAAGAAGCUGUUCGCCAGCACAACCUCGAAGUCCAGGCAUUCACCCAGUAUGCCUCUGCUGCACGUCCCCGUGCUCGCACUGCUGGUGUCUUGGAUGCUCCAUCAAGGGGUCUCAUGCGCAACUACAUGCCUCAGAUGUCUCGAUUGGACAACACUUUGACCGCUACUGACUUGACCGAGGACGCCGAAUACAACCUGGCUGAAGCUGUCAAGAAGAUGCACUUGCCCAGUGGCAACCUCGGGGAUGACACCCUCGAGGGCCCCACUCGAUCGCUGUGGCUCGGAAACAUCCCCUCAUCCACCACUGUCUCUUCACUCAACGUCAUUUUUGCUGCCUUUGGUGCCAUUGAGUCCACUCGAGUUCUAACCCACAAGAACUGUGGUUUUGUCAACUUUGAGAACCUCGAGAGCGCUGUGCAAGCCAAGUCGCAGCUCAACGGCAAGGAGAUCUUUCCUGGCGCCGGACCUGUGAGGAUCGGCUACGCUAAGAUCCCCAGCGCAGCCGCUACGCCUGGUCACAACGGUCUCUUCCCCUCACCAAGCCCGGACCCACUUUCGAAGGGCCAGGCGGAAGGAACGACUGGCUCAGCCAACAACGCAAAGUCGAACAGUCCCCGAGCCGCCGCAGUGAGUGUACCCCUGGUGACGCCUGAGCUGAACGACAUUCGUGACGACAUCAUCACCAUCGUCAAGGAACUCGGCGCGACAGAUGAGGAGCAAGCCAGAAUUUCUGCCCAGGUAGAAGCAGCCGUUCAGGUCAACAACUACGUCGAUGAGGUGCCUACAGUCGAGGAGCCCAGCCACACCCGCGUCCACGAUGCACCAAGGCUACGUGAGAUCCGCAAGCGCAUCGACAACGGCUCCUGCUCCAAGGAAGACAUUGAGCAGAUUGCCAUGAAUAUGCUGCCUGAGAUUGCCGAGCUAGCGUCAGAUUACCUAGGCAACACUGUUGUACAGAAGCUUUUCGAAUUCUGCGAAGAGUCUACCAAAGAAGCCAUGUUGCGCGAAAUUGUACCCCAGCUCGCUAAGAUUGGUGUGCACAAGAACGGCACAUGGGCUGCUCAGAAGAUUAUUGAUGUCUCCAAGACCCCUAGCAUGCAGAAGAUGGUCGUCGAAGCCCUUCAGCCAUACGCAAUGGCUCUGUUCCUGGACCAAUUCGGAAACUACGUCAUGCAGGGCUGCCUCAAGUACCAGCAGUACAACCAGUUCAUCUUCGAGGUCAUGCUCGGCCGCCUUUGGGAUCUCGCCCAGGGUCGCUUUGGUGCUCGUGCCAUGCGUGCUUGUCUUGAGAGCCACUUCGCCACCAAAGAUCAACAGCGCAUGGUUGCUGCUACUAUUGCACUCCACAGCGUCCAGCUUGCCACAAACGCCAACGGAGCACUCCUCCUCACCUGGUUCUUGGACACAUGCACCUUUCCCAGGAGACGAACAGUGUUGGCACCUCGCCUUGUUCCACACUUGGUUCACCUCUGCACCCACAAGGUGGCUUACUUGACUGUUCUCAAGAUCAUCAACCAGCGCAAUGAACCUGAGGCUCGUGACACUAUUCUCAAGGCCUUGUUCUUCAACGACCAAGUCCUGGAGGAGAUCCUGAACGACCAGAACUGUGGUGCCACUCUCAUCUUCAAGGUCCUCACCACUCCCUUCUUCGAUGAGCACAUCCGUGCUGAGGUAGUCCAAAACGUACGCAACGUACUUGUCCGCAUCAAAGCACAGCCACAGCAGGGCUACAAGCGCCUCAUGGAUGAGGUAGGCCUUUCCACUCGUGGACCCGGACAUCGGGAGCACUCGCAGACUAGGCCCGCGUCAAAGGACAGCAGCGUUGCUGGCGGACCUGGUGGUUUCUACCAGGGCGGCGUACCUGGCUUCGACCCUGUAGGCCUUCAGCGUACCGCAAGCAUGGACUCCAACGGCUUCGAACAGUACCCGAUGGGCGGAGGUGGACCCAUGUUCAUGCCCAACAUGCAAGGCAUGACUGGUCCCCAACAAAUGCAAUACCAGCAGUUGUUGGCUCGUCAAGGACAGUUCUACCCUCAAAUGAACGGCUUCCAACCUGGAAUGCAGGGCUAUCGCGAUGCUUCACCCGUUGGAGCUCCUGGUUUCAACGGCUCUCCUAUGAUGGCACCUGCCAACCUCGCGGGACAGGGUAUGGUUCCCGGUAUGGGCGGCCAGAUGUACCCAUACAAUAUGUAUAUGCCGCAGCAGCAACAGCAAGCUGCCGGAGGUGGACAGCGUCGAGGACGGAGAUGA